UCUACUUGCCCUCACUGCAAACAUCAGACAUGGCUUCCUCGUUGAUCUGCGGGGAAACACAAAGCAGAGUGAGUUCGGUUUUGAACAGAGACGUUAAGCAAUUCGGGAAGAAAUACAUGUUCGAUAAUAACGAGGAAACAUGUUGGCAUUCUGAUCAGGGUGACACCCAGUGGGUUGCCUUAGAAUUUCCACAGCCGGUCCAGGUGUCCGAACUGAGGUUGCAGUUUCAAGGGGGCUUUUCCGGAAAAACAUGUAGAAUGGAAGGAUCACCGAAAGAUGGAAGCUUUUCAAAAAUCUGUGAUUUUUAUCCAGAAGACGACAAUUCCGCACAGAGUUUUCCCAUUCGUGAGGCCUCUGUGGUGCACAACCUAAAAAUAGUGUUUGAGAACAGUGCCGACUUUUUCGGGAGAAUUAUUGUUUAUUCCUUAGAUGUCCUUGGGGAGAAAGCUUUGUGACGUUCCUGGAUGAGAGAAGAGAGACGGAACCAGAGGACCUUGUAAGGUGGGAGAUGAUGGAGAGGAACAGGGGUUACCAUAAACUGAGACACAGGAGAGGGAUGUGGAACCAAUAUGACCUGGUUUAAGAUCGUAACUUUUUUAUUUCUUACACAAGAGGACUUCCACAGACUCAAUGUCAGGAUUUUGUAUUGGUGUUGAGUACAUUUUUUUUAUUUGGAAAGAUUAUGAAGCAGAGAUUGUGCCUUGCAAAUGGCAUGCCAUCCCAGACAAAUGUAUCGAUAUAUAUAUAUAAAAAUGCAUGGUUUGAUUGAUGCUUGAUUACUAUUCAUUUGUGCUUUUGUUUACAAAAUAAAACACUGCAGCUGCAUAUUCACUUGAAUUAACAAAUGCUCGGCCCUCAGACCAGUCAAAUACUGUAUAAUGAAUUGAGUAGGACACAAGAAGUAACAGUAUAAACUUCUCUGUAAUCUUCUCUGAAUGUUCAGCGCUGACUAUGCACAUACCACAUACUAUACAUUAUUAUGGAAUGCAACGCAACCACGGAACCACUGUUCAGAACUGUAAUAAAUACGUGUUUGAUCCUUGU